AUGGAUUAGAAGGAUUAAGAAGAAUAAACAUUUAAGAAGUAAAAAUGAAGUUUAAUGUUUAGUUUCAUAAAGAACAAUUUGCUUGUUUUCUUUACUUAUAACCCAAAGGUUCAUAAAAGUCUUAACUAUUCAAGAAUUUAUAACAGUUAUUGGUGUGUAAGAUUGAAAAUGUAAUAUUUAGAUUUUAGAAGUGGUGCAAAUAAUUUUAGUUAAUGUUGUAUUCAGUGCUACAAAGUAAUAAUUGCCCGUUAUAUUUUUUACAAUCUUAAUUUGCAUCACCAUUCUAAUUAAUUGUAUGAUAAGAAUAGGCAAUAAUUACUAAUACUUUUAAUAUGUAAUAAUAAUAUCAAAUAUUAAGUUCACAAUAUUGACGAUCAUUAUAGUCUUGAUAGAAAUAGCUCCAAUCUAUUUCACAGUCUAAAGGUAAUAAUAUUCUUGAUAAAGAUUGUUAUCAAUUGAUUGAUA